AUGUCCGAUCGGCUGGCUCUCCUCGAGCUUCAACCGAAAUGCGCGCGGCUCAACGAGAGCCCGUUCGAGCCUGAUCAUCAACCUCCUGAACCGGGUCGACUUGGAUGUACAAACUGGUGCACCUGCGGCCAGUGCAAGGCGAUGCCGACCAUCUUGGAGAGUGUCUGCUGUCGCGAAAUUCCGGCAGCGACCGAGAAGCAGCCGUCGGACUGCAUUACCAGGAAUGUUCGCUUCCACACGCUGUGCCUGGACGACGUGGUGCUCGACGUCGUUUUCCAUACGCUCCAGGACCACGGCGUACGCGUCGAGAACACAAGAAGGUACCGGUACAUCAGCUAUAGCCAACUUGCGCACUGGCUUUGGGGACGCCUGGGCAGGAAUCACAGUAAGGUCUUCCCAGCCUGUGCUUCGUGUCUUCUGACGUGA